AUGGCCCUUGCGUUCGUCACCAAAACUGUGCUCAUGUUUGCAAGAAUGAAGGUUUCAGCAGCGGCCAUUGCCGAGGGCUUCUCCUACUUCGAAGAUGUAUUUGCACAAAGCAAUGUUAAUUGGUUCACGGUACUGGAAUUGUAUAUUGCUCAGAAUCAUUUGAAUGGUACUAUUCCACUCUAUUUGCAACGUGCAAAACAUGAUAGUCCUUUCUCUGAGAAGCACCAAGUUAUCAGGAGAAUUUCCUUAAGCAUGAAAUUUGACUAUAGAUGUUGCAUACAAGAAUCUCUCAGUACUGCUGUGAAGGCGAAAUCAAUAUGCAUUGAGGAAGAAAGGAAAGCACUUGCGAGCUUCAAACAAGAUUUUACUGAUCCCUCUGGUAGGCUUUCUUCUUGGGUGGGUCAUGAUUGCUGCAACUGGGAAGGGAUUUCAUGCAACAACCGCACCGGUCAUGUUUCCCAAAUGGAUCUCCACAAUCCAUAUCUAGAUUCCACGACUGAAGAAGAGUGGGACGAGUUGGCUUAUAACAAGUCUUGCUUGGGGGGUAAGAUAAAUCCCUCUUUUCUUAGCUUGAAACACUUGCAUUACCUGGGCUUAAGUUGCAGUAAUUUUGAGCAGAUCCACAUUCCUAACUUCUUUGGAAAGCUUCAAACUCUGAGGUAUCUCAAUAUCUCAUUUGCAGAGUUUGCAGGAGAGAUUCCCCCUUCUCUUGGUAACUUGUCAAACUUGAACUAUGUUGAUGCCGGUUGUUAUUUAUCUCUCUCUUCCAAAAUACAUUCCAGAAACUUGAAUUGGCUUUCUCAUCUCUCUUCCCUAAAAUACCUCAAUCUCAAUGAAGUGGAUCUUCAUGGCAACACAAAUUGGCUGCAUAUUGUUAACAUGCUUCCUUCCUUACUGGAGUUACACUUGUCUCAUUGCGGAUUAGUAAGUCAUCCCCUAUCUCUACAGAGGAUUAACUUCACCUCACUUUCGGUCCUUGAUCUUUCAUUUAAUGAUUUCAAUACUUCUUCAUUUCCUAGCUGGAUUUUCAAUUUUACUAGCCUCAAAAGACUUGAUCUAAACAGCAAUUCUUUCGGUGCUCAUUUUCCAGAUGAACUUGGAAAUCUCAAAUCUCUUGAAUACCUAGAUUUAUAUCAGUUAGGGCUCAAAGAUAGUGGAGUUCCCAGGGUCCUUGGAAACUUAUGCAAGCUAAAGACAUUAAGUCUUGGGGGGAAACAAUUUUAG